CUUGGGGGGACCCCAAAAAAGAGGAGGGGAAGGGAUGAAGGCGAUCGGAGUCCUCAUCGUUAUCUUCAGCCUCAGCCUCUUGGCGGGGGGGGGCCAAGCGGCUCUGCUCCCCAUUGAGGCCAUCGGGAAGGAGAACCCCCAAAUCCAGGGGGGGCAGCACCCCCAAAUCCGCCUCCGCCGCCACAGCUCCCACUUUCCCCUCUGCUCCUUCUGCUGCAACUGCUGCACCAAAGGCUGUGGGUUCUGCUGCCGCUCCUGAACCCCAAAAAACUCGGGGGGACCCCCCCAGUGCACCCCGAAAUCUUGGGGGGACCCCCCCUGGAAGAACCCCUAUUUAUUGUCCCCCCCUUUGUUCUUCUAUGGGAAUAAAGAGAUGGUUUCUA